AUGACUUGGGUACAAGCACUGCCCCUGGCUCUUAUGUCCAUGCGCCAGGAGAAGUGCGGAGACACCUUCCUUUCCCCUCAUGAGAUUCUAACCGGUAGACCCAUGCCCGGACCUCGCUUAUCACCCCGGUGGGAGGACACCUGGGACUUCAUGAACCAGGGCAUGACCCAGUACAUGCAGGUCUUGCACGAGAUGGUUAAGCUAGUCAGGCAACAGGUGAUCGAUGCUCGGGAAAAGGAGACUGGUUCAAUGGCACCGCUCUCGAUGGGGGAGGAAGUUUACCUCCGGCACCCAGGCAGGACAUCCUGGAGUGAGCAGAGGUGGUGUCAGCAGCUUGAGGAGAUUCCCCUAAAGGUGUUCACGACAUCAUUCCCGGCAAGUGGGUCUACGUUAAGAAAAUACACAAAGAACCGUUGGGUGCCAAGUGGGAAGAAUGCUGCCAAUCCAGCAGUGAACAGAAAUGAUGAAAAUGUGAAGAGAGGUAACUGGUCCUCGAAGACUGACUACUUGCUCUCGAUGAUUGGCUGUGCUGUGGGUCUAGGCAAUGUCUGGAGAUUCCCUUUCCUGGCUUACAAAAAUGGAGGAGGUGUAUUUCUUAUUCCCUACUCAAUCAUGCUGGGUCUUGUUGGGAUACCAAUAUUUUUCUUGGAAUCUUCCUUUGGACAGUUUGCCAGCCUCGGGCCUGUUGCAGUGUGGAAAUCUGUACCAAUGUUACAAGGUGUUGGAGUCACCAUGGUCCUUCUGAUCAUAAUUGCCAACAUUUCCUAUGCCUGCAUUAUUGGUUACAGUCUGUACUACCUGUUUGCUUCCUUCCAAUCACCCCUACCAUGGGCAGACUGCUUCAGUUGGUGGGGAGCAGAUGAAACAUGCAGCAGGACUCCCAAAGAUCCAUUUUGCAAUCUUACUCUGGACGAUGGAUAUUUUGAAGUCAUUAAUACAACAUGGCUGCAGACGUAUAAUAACACUUGCCUAAUUGGAUCAGAAAUCUCCAUUCCUCACCAGGGUCCGAGUGAGCAAUACUGGGAUCAAGCAGUUUUACACCGUACAAGUUCAUUGGAUGAGACUGGGGAGAUAGUCUGGCAUUUAGCCCUCUGUCUGCUUCUAACCUGGCUGAUGGUUGGGGCAGCAUUUUUGAAAGGAAUCAAAUCUUCAGGAAAGGUUGUUUAUUUCACUGCAAUUAUCCCGUAUGUGGUUGUGACGAUACUCCUGAUCCGAGGGGUUACCCUGGAGGGAGCCUCUAAAGGAAUUGAAUUCUACAUCGGAAGCCAGUCAGACUUCUCCAAACUGGCUGAUGCUCAGGUCUGGAAAGAUGCUGCAACACAAAUUUUCUACUCGACAUCAGUGGGUUGGGGCAGUUUAAUCACAUUGUCAUCCUACAACAAAUUCCACAACAACUGUUACCAAGAUACCAUCAUUGUCUGUGUUGUUAAUUGUGCUACGAGUGUGUUUGCGGGAUUUAUCAUCUUCUCCACUCUUGGACACAUGGCUCAUGUGCAAAACAAGCCCGUUUCAGAGGUUGCACGGUCAGGGUUUGGUUUGGCCUUUAUUGCCUACCCAGAGGCCCUUGCACAGUUGCCAUGGGCAACUUUAUGGUCCAUUUUAUUUUUCUUCAUGCUGCUCACUUUGGGACUUGACACACUGUUUGCAAGUUUUGAAACAGUAAUAACAAGCCUGCUGGACCAGUUUCCUGAGUUCCUUAGGCCAAAGCGUCUUUAUCUGACAGCUGGUCUUUGUUUGUUAUUUUAUUUCCUUGGCCUUCUGUUUGUAACACAGGUUGGGAUUUAUUGGUUACAUUUAAUGGAUUAUUUCUGUACUGGAUGGAUUCUCAUUGUAGUUGCUCUGUUGGAACUCAUUGGUCUCAGCUGGAUCAAUGGGAUAAACAGAUUCAUCAAGGACAUUGAGAUGAUGAUUGGGAAAAGGAAUUGGCUUUUCUGGCUCUGGUGGAGAGCUUGUUGGAUUCUGAUCUCUCCGUGCAUUUUAACCGCAAUCUUAGUCUGGUCCUUAACAACAUUUGCCCCUCCAACAUAUGGACCAGUUGAAUACUCUGUCUGGUCAAUAGCGCUGGGCUGGUGUAUGAUCAUCUUCUGUAUUAUGUGGGUACCCAUAAUAGCCGUGGUGAGAGUUGUCCAAGCUGAGGGGAAGAUUCCCAAGUAA